UCCCCUCUUGAGGGCUUUUUGCCUUUCUUUUUUCUUUUUUCUCUUUUUUCCUUUUGCUUCUUCAUUUGUUUUCCGAGGCUUGGGACUUUCGUUUGGGCACAGUACGCGUUUAGAUACGAUACAUCUUCUUGCCGAGCCGGCUUGACCGACUCACUUCCCCCAUGGCAUGGAGAUCACAGAGCAACGCAAGAGCAAAACAAUUAUACCUCACUGGCUGCCUCCCUGGACCCAGUCUCUUAAUGAUCCCUUUCGGACCGGUGCUGAGGUGCGCAAGCAACAAGCAUUGGAGCUUGAAAGAGGGGAGGGAGUGAGGGGAGACGAGGAGUGACGUCGGCGAGGAGGUCGUUCUAUCAGAG